GAGACAAGUAUUGUGGUGAGUUGGUGACGCGUUAACAUGACUCUUUUUCUUAUAGAAUCACACUUCCUCAGCCUCUAAAUGUUGUUCUUUUUUGUCAAAAUUAAGACAAUAUUUUGAAAUGAAGGAAAUACAAAGUAUUACGCAUUAUCAAAUUUAAUAAAAAUUCAUUACCAUUACCACGAUUUAUUACGGGAUAACAUUUAUCAAACUGGCCGUUAGUGAUAAAUAAUAGAGUAAAAGGAAAUCCAAAAGGAUUUCAUAUAUUAAGGGAUUUAAGGGGUGAUUUUGUGUAGGUGGUCCAUCAAGUACAUAAACUGCUCAUUUGCCUUGCAUAUCAAGCAACUCUUUCAUCUUCUCUGCAAUUCUCUCUCUCUUUCUUCUUAAAAAAUUUAGUAGCCAAAAAAAAAAAAAAAAAAAAAAAUACAAAACAUUUUCAUGGCAAAAGAAUCAUGAUAACCACUCCAGCUCAAAACCCAUUUUUGAUGGAUGAUAUUCAAGGAAUGAUCAUUGAUGGUGUGUUAGUACAACAACAACAACAAUUGUUAUUGAUGAUGAAGAGUGUUAUUUGAAGUGUAGAAGAAGCAAAGGUCACUAUUGUUAUAAUAAUAAAGGAAAAAAAGUAUUAUUAUUAUUAUUAUUAGUAGUAGUAUAGUAGUUAGUAUAAUUAUAUCAUUCAAAAAAAAGUUGAGGGAGUAUUAGGGAAGAAUUCUUAAUUAGUUUUUAUAAUUAAUUAGAUUUUAGUUAGCUAUGAAUAAUAAUAAUAGUAGUAACAAAUCCCAAUUAAGCUCCAUUAGUAGCGCGAGCGAUCUCAUAGAUGCUAAGCUUGAGGAACAUCAGCUUUGUGGAUCGAAACAGUGCCCUGGUUGCGGUCAUAGACUCGAAGGAUCAAAACCGUUUCUUGAAAAUUAUUGGGGACAAGAUUGGGUAGGUCUACCAGCUGGUGUUAAAUUUGACCCAACAGACCAAGAGUUGAUAGAACAUCUUGAAGCAAAAGUGGAAGGAAAAUCAUCCAAAUCUCAUCCUUUAAUUGAUGAGUUUAUCCCUACUAUUGAAGGUGAAGAUGGUAUUUGUUACACUCAUCCUGAAAAACUCCCAGGAGUGACUAGAGAUGGAUUGAGUAGACACUUCUUCCAUAGGCCGUCGAAGGCCUACACCACCGGAACACGAAAACGAAGAAAAAUCCAAACCGAAUGCGACCUCCAAGGGGGCGAAACCCGGUGGCAUAAAACAGGCAAGACAAGGCCAGUAAUGGUGAAUGGGAAGCAAAAGGGGUGUAAGAAGAUUCUAGUCCUAUACACAAACUUUGGCAAAAAUCGAAAACCCGAGAAAACAAAUUGGGUGAUGCAUCAAUAUCACUUAGGACAACAUGAAGAGGAAAAAGAAGGGGAGUUAGUAGUGUCCAAAAUAUUCUACCAAACACAACCUAGGCAAUGUAAUUGGACAAUGGAACGUAGCGCGACAACCGGAGAUGGAAGUGAGCCUAGUGGAAGAAGAGAGAGUGGAAGUGGUAGUGGAAGUACUUCUUCAUCUAAAGAAGUGAUUACUCAUCAUAGUAGAGAUGAUCAAAUAUCUAUUUCUGCUGGUGUUAAUGUUGUUGGUGGUGCUGCUGCCGCGCUUUCGAGUUUUACUGCGUUGGAUAUGCAGCAUUUGAGAGCUGCUGAACAAUUCAGCUUUAAUCCAUUUGCUAAUAAUAAUACCAGAAAAGGUUUUGAUGAGGCGGGAAUGGGAGAUGGUUCAACAACAGUAAGGGAAAGUGCCGCCAUGUCGGCGGCAUGCGACGACCACGAGCCAAGGCCACAACAUCAUCAGCUUCAUCACCAUCCUCAUGCUAUGAAUGCUCCCCAAGAUCAUCACCAUCAUCAUACACACCAAUCCAUAGCAACCUCGGCCGCCUUUCACAUGAGUAGACCAUCACAUCCCAUUUCCCAAAUCAUCUCCCCUCCUCCCCUCCAUCAUGCUUCCAUUAUUCUUGAUGAUGAUUCCUUUCACCAUGUAUCGCGAAUCAGGCUCCAAAAUGAAAAUUUUCAUCAUCAUCAGUGUCUCAAUUUGCAUUUGUUUUUUGAAGUAAGGGUGUUGUGACGGUGCAGAGAUCAAGGUACCUUGCUUAUUAUUUUCAUUGUUCCUUUAUUGAGAUUAUGAAUGGAU